GAUGGAGACCUGCUGUCCUUGGAUGGGGAACUGGAGUCGGAUUUUGUGGUGGUCACCACAGGUGAUGAGGAUCAGCAGCAGCAGGCUGCGGAUUCUGCCGAAAAUGCAGCAAGUACUUCAGAAUCCAAGCCGUGUCAGCCGUCUUCCCUUCAUCUCUCUACUGAAGACAACGGCACGAACGGCUUUCAGGCGCAUCCCUCAAGCCUCGGCGACUCGGCCGAACUCCUCUUUGAUCUGCUGGUCAAUUCGCAGUCCCAGCGCAUGAAUGAUCAACGCUGCGCCCUGGAUGAGAACUUAGUGGUGGAAAAUUCGGCUGAAUCCAUCGGCGAGGACGAUUCUUUCCUGGACUUGCUUAUUGGACUUCAGGUGAGUCCUUCUGCAUCCCCCUCCCCCGCCACUCUGUAG